CUACCACCACCGCCAAUAUACAGGUCGACCCUAGUGGCCAAGUACAAUGGCCACAACAACAACAACCAUUCCCCCAGCCCCAACAACCAUUCUCCCAACAACCACAACAAAUUUUUCCCCAACCCCAACAAACAUUCCCCCAUCAACCACAACAAGCAUUUCCCCAACCCCAACAAACAUUCCCCCAUCAACCACAACAACAAUUUCCCCAGCCCCAGCAACCACAACAACCAUUUCCCCAGCAACCACAACAACAAUUUCCCCAGCCCCAACAACCACAACAACCAUUUCCCCAGCAACCACAACAACAAUUUCCCCAGCCCCAACAACCACAACAACCAUUUCCCCAGCCCCAACAACCCCAACUACCAUUUCCGCAACAACCACAACAACCAUUCCCCCAGCCUCAACAACCCCAACAACCAUUUCCCCAGUUACAGCAACCACAACAACCUUUACCCCAGCCCCAACAACCGCAACAACCAUUCCCCCAGCAACAACACAUUGAUUCAGCCAUACCUACAACAACAGAUGAACCCCUGCAAGAAUUACCUCUUGCAGCAAUGCAACCCUGUGUCAUUGGUGUCAUCCCUCGUGUCAAUGAUCUUGCCACGAAGUGAUUGCAAGGUGAUGCGGCAACAAUGUUGCCAACAACUAGCACAGAUUCCUCAGCAGCUCCAGUGCGCAGCCAUCCAUGGCAUCGUGCAUUCCAUCAUCAUGCAGCAAGAACAACAACAACAACAACAACAACAACAACAACAACAACAACAACAAGGCAUACAGAUCAUGCGGCCACUAUUUCAGCUCGUCCAGGGUCAGGGCAUCAUCCAACCUCAACAACCAGCUCAAUUGGAGGUGAUCAGGUCAUUGGUAUUGGGAACUCUUCCAACCAUGUGCAACGUGUUUGUUCCACCUGAGUGCUCCACCACCAAGGCACCAUUUGCCAGCAUAGUCGCCGACAUUGGUGGCCAAUGAAAAAUGCAAGCAUUAUGCUAAUAGGUAGAUGGAUCAUCGUUGCUUAGUUGAUGCACCAAUCGUUGUAACGAUGAAAAAUAAAGUGGUGUGCACCAUCAUGUGUGACCCCGACCAGUGCUAGUUCAAGCUUGGGAAUAAAAGACAAACAAAGUUCUUGUUUGCUA